AUGCAUCUUACCGUGUUCACGAUUAGCUACUGUCUGCUGUUGACCAGCGUCAACGGCCAACAUGAGAAACUCUUUACCAGCCGGCCAGCCUUUGCCAAAUACCCAUACCCUACGAUCUCCCUUCGGUGCCACGAAAUUGGACCCUCCGGUUCGACCCUGCAUGUUGACCACAUGGCAGAGGGAGCAGGAUACGUCCCGUCGUUGUCAUGGCCCUCUGCCGCCAGAAACGUCCGGGAAUAUCUUCUUGUGAGCGAGGAUCCGGAUGCUCCCCUUUCCCAUUCAGUCAUCCAUGGGCUGUAUUACGGAAUUCCUCGUGUGUUCACGGGUAUCGACCACGAAGACUUCGAAUUGAAUGAGAAGCAUGACGACCCGUAUCUGCUCAAGGGAGGGUUUCGGUACGGUCAGAACAGAGGCGACACCGUGUAUCUCCCUCCCCGAUCCCUUCCGGGACAGGGUCCCCACCGUUACUUUUACGAACUCAUUGCGCUCAAUCAGCCGAUCGAUCGAAGCAAGCUCAGUGACAGGGCAACCUUGGAAGAAAUUGAAGCUGCAAUUAGAGGCAAGGUUGUGGGAUGGGGAGCCUGGGCGGGCGUUGUCAAGAACGAGGGAUGA